GGCUUUUAAGUGUUCCUCGGUAUGCCAUGCUUACGCAAGUUAUUUUCUGUUGUGGAUUGUUGAUGCUGCAGCAGCAGAUAGAGUGAUGUGCCUUGAAUUCCAAUGAGGAGAAGGCGUUGGUUUAUUUUGGUUUGUUGAGUACAGAGGAGCCCCAGAAGCUGGACAAGAGUCCGCAGCAUGGACUGCAGUGUCAGAGAUGGGAGCUAUGGGGAUGCCUUUCCAGCAGCUGUUGACUGAAAAUAGUCAGGUCCAGCAAGAACAAAGAAACCACACUGCAGAACCUGUAGUAGAUGACUAUAAAAAGAUGGGGACUCUCUUCGGCGAACUAAACAAAAGCCUUAUCAGAAUAGGCUUCACAAGGAUGUACUUUGGAGAACGGACAGUAGAACCUGUAAUUAUUAUAUUCUUCUGGGUUAUGCUCUGGUUUCUUGGCCUACAAGCUCUUGGACUGGUUGCUGUUCUGUGCCUUGUCAUAAUUUAUGUACAACAGUAAAAUUUUAUAGAUGCUGUUUGGAUUACGUAUUUCAACGCUGUCAUCAUUUCAGUGGAUUUAAGUGUUUUAGGUAAAUGGGUGGCAUAUCAAAAGCUGCAGUGCUUCAAAUUGGAUUUCACUGAACUUUCGAUAUUUGGAGUGGGAGGGACUAAAGUUGUGCGUUUUACGCAAAGUCAGCAGUCCCCUACUACCUUUUUGAAGGGCAAAAAGGCGAUGUUUGUAAAAUAAUGGUGUCCAGUGUACUGUUUUCUGUACUCUUGGGGCCUUAGUCCAAGGAUUGGCUUUUUGUUUCCUCUAGCCUCCAAUGUUCUUGCUUUGUAUAGUGAAAAUUUCCUGUCCGUUUUUAAGAGGACAUGUGAUGUAAAUGUCCUGUUUCACUGUUGGGGGCCAUGGCGGGAGGGGGGUGGAGUUGGGGGGAAAGGUUGGUGUGAUGUAUGUUCCCUGAAUCUGCAUAAUUUGCUAUUUUUUUGCUGAAAAGCUAAAUGUGUACGAGGGAGAUUUGCUAACAAACCUACAACAACAAAUGUUUGUAAGGUGAAUACAACUUCACAACUCAAAAGCAUCUUUGGUUAGUAUAGUUUAUAGUGAGCUUUCCCCCAGGAAACAAGCGAUGCCAACAAAAUGCUUUGCUAAUGUUAGUGACUUCACACAAGCCUUCAGCUGUUGUUCAGCAGGGUCACAGUCCUAUAUUGGCCAAAUGGUCUAACAGAGCUCUGCCUUGGUUUUGGGAAUGUACUUGCUCCUGCUGCCUUUUUUUGUUUGUUUUUUUUUUCUUUCCUACUUGCUCUUUCCCCCAGCACUCCUUCUGAAGAUAAGUAUCUGGAUAAUCCAUGGACUUUGUACGUAGUUGUUGCUGCAGUGUUGGAGAGUUGCCAUUCCAGUCAAUGCUGGAAUAUCAUCAGCUUCCUCAGGGUCCAGUGUGAAGCCUCUGAACAACCAGGUACAUAUCAGACCAGAUCUCUUAUCGCUUCCCUAAUUCACUGCAGUGUGGACCCAAGGCUUUGCAUACGUAAGCAAAUCAGACCCAUUUCCUCAUGUAAGGCAAGAACGUAGUUGAAAUAGGUGGUCAUUUCAUGUUGUAGUUUUAACUAAUUCAUUUCUACGCUAGGCAACAAAAAUGCCUAUCUAUACGUGCAUGUCAUGUGCAACGCAAAUCAGAGAAAAGGAUACAUACGUUCAAGAUCAGGUGCAAAAUUCAAUUUGCCUCCCCAGGAGCCACACCAGGGGUGUAUUGAAUAUUUCUGAGUUGAAUGUGCUCAUUUAAAGAAAAGCUGUAAAAUGAGCCAGAAUCUUUACUAAAUAGGCUACCAAUUUAAUAUUUUCUGUACAUUACUUUUAGUAAGAAACUUAAUUGCAAAAUUUACUUCAUCUGUAGUAGAAUGAAAUUCUACAUAUACUUAAUGUAAUAGAAGAUGUGAAAUUUACAGAAAAUUACUUAACCUUUUGCAGUGACUUUUUUUUCUCAACAUUUUUAUACUAGUGGAGAUCAACAAUAGAUAAUUCCUAGUUGAAAAAGUUGAGUCUUAUCCAGAGACCUAUGAAGUUAAGGGGAGGUCCUCCAUGGUCUCAGUCCUACAACUGGAUUCUCAAGGCAGAUUUUAUGCCAACAUGGAUCACAUUAGUUGCUGGGCUCUAAUUCCAGGACCCUUGGCCCCAGUACUUACAGGCUCUACUGUUAGUGAAAUAAUUAUUUAGGGCAUAAUGCCCAACUCUGUUAAAGUCUUUAUGUGCCUAAAUGCCAUCUGUACACAACUCUGUACUUUCCUAACAAAUGUGCAGCUUCCUUCUGAGGAGCUGGGUCUCCUCUCAGGAUCUUCAGAUGACCUUGGCUGUGGAUCUAAGAGGCUUUGCUGAACUGGCAGGACUGCAGGGGAGUGGGACUGAGGCCCAGCUGUGUGUUUAGAUGGCAACCUGUGUUGACUGGUACCUAGUUAAGUAGUUAUGCUCAUGACAGGGAAAUGUUUGAGGACAGGAGGUGAUCCUGCAUACAGGGCUUUGUUAUUUACAGCUGGAAGUCCCAAAGCAAACAGCACAUAUGGCUGAUCACAGUGGCUGGAGCUCCGUACUCACAAGUGCCUAGGGGAAAACUUUUUUUUCACAUACCUUAGAAAGCGGAACGUGUGUUUACACCUUUGCAUAUUUGUAUAGAUAUAUUGGUGGGUUUAUGUGCAUUAUUCUCUUGUGUAAGGGCUGUACUACAAAAGCAUCUUGUCAUAAAUAAAAUAUCCUUUCUUCCCACAGUCAAGUUAAAGUCCAGAGGACCUUGUCCAAUUCCUUUCAUGCUGUAGGAAGAAGUGUCUGUGUGGUAUCCUGGUUGCAGUAGUGCUCUGUGUAAAGCCCCUGUGUUGUGAAAUGGCAUGCAGUGUUUCCUUGAAGUGGUGAUUUUGCUCUGUAUAUAAGGAAGGGGGAACAAUGAACCAAGGGUGUGACUGACAUGUUCAGUAAAGACAUUGCUUAUAGGCCUGCAGUGGUUUAGUAUGUGCGAAACUAUGAUUGUUUUGUUAAGUCCUUUCAGUUUUUCUUUUGAUGUUCAUGUUUGCCUACAUGUACUCUAGGGAAGGUCGCUUUUUGACUAAGAUUGUGUACAGUGAAUGUUUUAUAUAGUUUCUAUUAAAAGUAACUUACUAAGUCUUGUCCUUCAUAGAAGUUCUUUAUAUAUAAAAAAAAAAAAAAAAUUAAAAAUUCCCUCCAAAUGGAGAUAGGUUGACUGAAAAAGAAACAUAAUAUAUUGCAUGGAAGAUAGCCCUUGCCUGUUUGGUUUCAUACAUUCCAUUGUCUAUAAGAAUUUGCACUGAAUCAUCUGUCCUAAUUUCGUGCUACUGCUAUGCUAUUUCCUUGGUACUUGCAGGAAAGGAAAGAAGAGUUAAGGCAAGAAUGGGACUGGGAUAGAUCAGACAUGAAGAAUGGAAAAUGAAAUGCAGUGAAGUGAUACAUAUGUGUCAAAAGAAAUCUGACUGUAAACGUGUGCCAAAAGUGAGGGGGGUGGGUGAAUGCUCCUUGCAGUGUGUUCUUCCUUCCAUCCAGACAUAGUUCUAAGGCAGAGGAAGCACCAAGCGUUCAAAGGAUGUCCAUAGCUAAAAAGCAGAUGGUUAAUUAAAAAAAAAAAACCCACAAAUUCAUUUUUGUCUAUAUAGUAAAAAUCGAUAAUGUUAUUUAUAUCAGUAUAUAUUAUUAUUAAUGUUGAUAGAACUGAAAGCACCUUUAUGCAUCUGUGUGUAUGACUGUAUGAAGGAAUUAUGUCCCUUAAAUUUGCAUUAAACAACAAAUGAUGUCAUUCCUGUUGGUCCUUGUAACAUAUUGAAAGCUUCUUACACAGCCUCUGUUUUUUAAAGGAUGGACUCUUCGGCACUGCAUCACACCCACCAAAUGCAUACAUGUUUGAACUACUAUGUACACAGAAGAAACUCUACAUGUAGGAGAAUCUUGGAGAACUGUUUGCACUGAAAAAUCAUCAUAUCAGAACUGUCCGUAGGAAAAGGAAAAAAUCAUAUUUCUUAAACUGUUCAAAAUGGAUCAUAUGGAAAGCACUUUGAUAUUCUUUCUAAUAAAAAGUAUUGCCAUCAAUGAGAA